AUGACCAACACUCGAUGCACCAUUGCAAUGCAGGCGAUUAACCGUUUACGGAGGCCAUGCAAAGGCCAAAAUACUUUCAUCCACACAUCACUUGCUGCUGUCGUUAAUCUCUGUUACACAGCAAAUAUAACCUGCCGUAAUGGACGUGAUAAAAAUUGCUAUAGAAGCCGAGUUGCAGUGCAUCUUACCUACUGCAACCUCACCAGACCAGCACAUCCUUACUAUCAGUGCCAAUACCAGCAAGUAGCCUUACUGAGAAACUACAGUGUUGCCUGUGACAACGGACACAUUCCAGUUCACUUCGAUAGAAUCAUCUAA